AUGACGAGUCCUAUUAUACAAGGAACAGAGAAGAAUGAGAACUUAAUGAGCCUGAAGACUGAGGAUGAGAUUGAACAGGAGGCAUGUAGUGGAAAGAUAUGGCCGGCAACGAGGAUCAGAGUAGCUCGAUGUGAAUGGAAGCUAUGGGGAUCGAUGGCAGCGAUCUUUGCGAUACAGGUGUAUGUAUAUUCGUUUGCAAGGAUCUUGAAAGACUCGUUUGUGGCAUCUAGACAGCUACCGGUGGCGAUAUCGUAUUUGAAGACGUGUGUGGUGCUUCCGGUGUCUAUAAUAACGACUGGAAUUGUGCAGAAGAUGUUGAUGAAGAACAGCAUAUCGAAGGUGUUUGACUACACACUGAUAUUCUUUGCAAUGGUGUUUAUACUGGUUGGAGCAGUUGGCUUUCCAUUUUCUUAUUGGCUGCAGCCGGAGAUGUACCGAGCGAGAGAUAUAUUUGCAGAUGAGAAGAUGUCUUGCAAGGGAUUUGAGUUUAUGUUUGCGAUCUCACUCAUAAUGAAUGAGUGGUUGACGAGUUUGGUGUACUUGCUCGCUGAGCUGUUUGGAUCACUGAUUGUGCAGUUUAUGUUUCUUGCAUUUGCGAAUGAGGUAUUGACGGUGCGACAGUCGAUAAGAUUUACACCACUGUUCUACAUUAUGUCUAACAUAUGUCUGAUGCUUUCUGGAGGAACAGGAAAACUGUACAAGAGCUACUCUGGCCGUUCGAAUUAUGAGAUGAAGAGCUAUAUAGCGAAUUCAUUUUUUGUAUUGUUUGGAGGACUGACUGCGAUAUCUUAUUUGAUCAAGAAGUAUAUGGAGAAUGGGAUUUUGAAGAAGCAGUUGUUUAUCAGAACUGAGGGGGUUAAGAAGAAGGUUGGGAAGAAGUCUGCAGCCAGCUUUUCUGAGAGCAUUAAGCUUAUGGCACAGUCGAAGUUUUUGAUUGCAAUGGUGUUUAAUGCAUUGUUCUACUAUGCAGGGACUAACUGGAUUGAGUCAUCAUGGAAGAAUGGGCUGAGUGUGGCCGCAGAGGCAGAGAAUAAGAACAAGGGUGAGUAUGUGUCUAACUUGAUGUCUGGAGAACAACUUAUUGUUGGAGCGAUUGUUGCAUUUGUGCUGUUGACUCCGAUUGCCACGCUUGUGCAGACGCACGGAUGGGCAAUGAUGGCCAUAGUUCCACCGAUUGUUGCGAUGAUCUCGGCAGUAGUUGUGUUUGGAUCUGCAUUCUACAAUUAUCCAAACGGGUCUACGUACAAACCAGUUCUGUUUUCAUCGGUAUUUAAGGGAUACACGCCAAACUUUGACAUUGAGGCAAAGUGGGGAAUGUGCUGUGUGAGUGGAAUGAAGAUUGCAAAGUAUGCAUUCUAUGACAUUGCAAAGGAGGCGAUUUCUCUGCAGAUUGAUCCUCUGUACAGAGCAAGACUGAAAGCAGUGUAUGAUGGAUUAAGUGGAAAGCUUGGAAAGUCAAUAGGAGCGUUCUAUGCUAUGUUAUGGUCGUUUAUGGGAUAUAACGAUGUGAGAGCAGCAGCGCCGUUUACGCUUUCUAUAUUUGGGGUGAUCUUUCCUAUAUGGAUCUACAUGAUUACGUAUCUGAACAGAAGUUAUAGCAACUCUAUCCAGACAUCCACUCCUAUUGGUCUUGACUUGAUUUCUGAGAAGAAAGAGCAGCUUUAA